AUGAAUUUUUUUCUCCCUGUUUUAUGCGUCUUGCUGUUGCUGGUGCUUGUGAAUUGCGACCAUGCAAUGGCACUUUGUCCGUCAAAUGGAAACACGCAUGUCAUCUACGUGACUUCCAACAUGGGUGAUAACAUCUGGGCUUUUGACACCUCGGGUCAAUAUAUUGGUCUUGUAAUAAACGUGAGUACAAUUCCGUUUCGUGUUGCCAAGCUUCGCGAAAUGACGUUUGGUCCUGGAAAUCAUCUCUACAUUGCUAGCGCCCGUGGGAAAUACAGCCGUAUCUUUGCCGUCUCCGGAAAUGGCCUUCUCAACCACACUCUCGGUGAAAAGUGCACCAGAAACUACCUUUUCACAGCCACAGCGCAAAGCAGCGCGAACCCAUUCCUUGACCACCCGUAUUCCAUGGCAUUUCACCCCCAGGACGGCUCGCUUUUUGUGGCUAACCAAAACUCCGUCACGGUCACGAGGUACGAACGAGUUCAGGAUGACAAGGACGCAUCUCCGCGAUGGGAACCUGUGAAGAAUGUGGCGCAUGCUGUGUCUAAUGCGUCGGGGCUUGUCGACAUCCCAGACAAGGCUGGGCUGUUUGCAUCCGCAUGGAGCAAUGAGUAUUCAAUGCGUUCCGUGCGUGGAUUGACCAUAUCGCCCCCACUUCCACGUGCCCUUGUGGAGCAGGCCGCUCCUCAAGGAUGGUACUCGACGGAGCGGGGGCUUGCUUAUUACAUUGUUGUGUGUGACAUCGCUGCGGAUCAGGUUCAUGUGUUCCUUGCCAAAACAGGUGAGCAUGUUUUUUCCAUACCCGUUUCAUCUCCCGUACAGGUCUUGUUUCCCUCGCGAUAUCAAAAACCAAUCAGCACGCCGACUUCAUAUUUUGAAACCCCAUACAUGUACGUGACGAGUAAAGAAGAUGCACUGACGUUUCUUGUCCCGCUUUCGACGCCGUCUCAUUCUGGCGAUGCAACGAGUAUUGCCAACCCCCAGCGUCGGCUGAAAACACACGCCAUGACAAAGCGGGUUCCAAAUCAUUCCUUUAGUGGCAUAUUUGAGAAUCCUUCACACGAAAUGCUGCUGAUAGCGGAUCGUCUGGAACGGAGGAUCUCGAUUUUUGCCUCACCUUUUUUGGCGAACAACAGUGGAGAAACGGAGUCAUCCCCAUUUCUUGGGCAUUUUGCAUCCAAGCUGCCAGAUCAGCCGGAGUUUAUUUUGACGACAGCGGUGGAAGAACAGAGUGCCAUACCGUUGUGUUAUGAGCUUGGUGAAGACGGUUCAUUCCGUUAUGUCGCCCUAUGCACUGCAGGGUACAUCUGGGCUUUGGGUAUAUUUUUGAUCUCCCUUGUAGCUAUUCUAUUUGCUUUCUUUUGGGAGAUCCGUCGCUGUUAUGAGAAGUAUGGUAAACAGCGAGAGAAAAGCGUGCGUCUUUCAAAUGACGGUGCCCCAGAAGACUUACCGCUGCUGGAUGUUAACCGCAUGGAGGGCUACGGCGCGGUCAAUUAA